CCAUUCAAGCCUUUGGAACGCGGGACCUCAAAAUCCUCGGAGGACAGAGAGGGAGGUCGUUUGAGAUGCAGGAACAGCGAGGAGUGGGAGGCGGAGGCGGAAGAGUACUUACCACACACGACCACUCCGACCACCGGCUACUCUACUUCAGCUCAAACUACUUCUAUGUAGUGUACUACUGUACUAGGACUGCUCCUACUCCUACUACUACUCUACGAGCGAUGAGAUGCUUCAAGAAUCUACGUACGUACGAGUACAAAGUGAACGUGGAUCGGCCUUUUUUUACUAGUAUCCCCUACAGACUAGGUAUUACUACUCGGCGAAGAAAGGCAAGAGGAUCAGUCUGAGGAUUGACUUCGAUCAAGUAGGAAGCACUUUAUCGGCAUUAAAUAGAUAUGCAGAAAGCAAUUGGAACCCUAGUAAUGAGACUACUCGGCAAACAACAAUAAUAAUACGUGAUUGCGAUUAGUCAUUAAAGCAGUGAAUGAGCCUGUGGACUUCCCUGAAUAACAAAUUGCCCUCAGCAUGAUUCAUACCCAAGUGGAGGUAUUAUGACUGGUGGUGAAACCGUUUGAACCACUUUUGAGAUCCAGUUCCCAAAAAGAUUUGGACCCACAAUGAUCGUGCUUUCCACGUUUGUUUUGCUUCAACUUUUGGACCUGUGUUCCUCUUUGCGAGUUCCAAGUCGUGGGGUGGCUGCCAACCGUUGUCCCGAUGAACAAUUCUGGAGUUGGGACUCACAAACCUGCGUGGCAUGUUCUCAGUGCUUUGGAACCGUUCCCGUUGUGCCUUGUUCCAAUUUUGCCGAUGCCAUUUGUCCACCGCCCAAGAUGGUUAAGAAAUCCCUAAACUCCUUAAAGUCGCCGACAGAACUCGUCAAGGAGAAGAUCAAGAAUGCGUCCAAACGCAAGUUCGAAUUCAUGGAAGAGUUCCGUAAACAGGUGAACAUUUCCCCUCGUGACCCUCAGUCUGAUGAUCUGGAGACUUCCGUGAUGGGGCGCAUUAAGUAUAAAGAGGACCCGACCACAAUGGAACGCAAGAGCGACCUUCAUUCAGAUCUUCAACUCAUCGAGCGGGAGCUAUUCUUGGAAGAUGAGCUCUUAAAAGAGCAAUUAUCCACAAAGGCCAUUACCGAAUCAACAUCACCCACUCCGGAAGAAGUCACAAGAGACAGUGAAACGAAUUGGAUGAAGAAUCCCGUUCCCAACCAAGUUGCUCAAGAUGACCAGCUAUUGGUGGGCAAGAAACGCUUCUUUGCCACAUCUCAUCCACAAGCUACAGAGUCAACGCCAAAAUCGGUUUACUACCGGAAAGAGGCAGUGGUUUCAGUCUCAACAACGGCCUCAACCGUGUCAGUAUUUGGUGCCAUCGUUCAACAACCCAAUGAGAUCACACUCAAACAUCAAACUGCAGACGAAUUCGGUCUCAUCCAUUCGCUCUUGUUCAGAGAUCAUUCCCAAAAUGAGGAAGGAGAGUCUGAUUUGCCUCCAAUGUCAACUUCAUCUUCGUCCUCCGCUCCAUCAACGCCGUCUCAUGGAGGCCUCACCGUUCAACAUGGAUUGAUAGUCCUGGGUCUCCUCAUGGUGUGUGUUCUCAGUGCCGUUAUUGCUCUCAUUUAUAAGAAGAGAACCAUAAUGCAACAACACUUCAAAGUCUUAGACAACCACAAUCAAGGAGCGCCAAACACGUCAUCAAUUGAAGGCCAAACUCAAAUGUACUUAUCAUAUGUGGAUCAUCAAGGCCGAACUCAGCUCAAAUCCAGAGAUAUGGCCGUCUAGAAAGACGAUGGACGCAAUCAUCGAUCGUUCCGUGAUUCGCCAAUGUUGCACCUUGUCAGAACAUAAACAUAAAUUGUCGGAUAUUUUUCGCUAACUAUUUCUUGUUUCAUGUGGUACGUCAAAGAAUUAAUGUAUUGCUCAUUGUACUACAACAACGAUAAAAAAGACAUGAAUAAAUAUUAUUGCUAUGUCUCAUAAAAGA